AAUCCCGCCGGCCGAGAGAAGUUUCAGAGGAUAUGACGUAGAUGCUGGUGAAACUGUCUACGUUGGGGAGUUCCCUCAAGUUUUACGUAUCGAACCAAUGACAGUUCUGAAUUACGGCCAUGUUCGUGUGGCAGCUGAUGCAUCUGUCUCUGGUGGAAUGGACAAGGAGACAUCCCUAGCAUGGAUCAUAUGUGGAAACGGUCUCUUAUCAUCUACCGCUUUAAGAAAAUGUAUCAACAUUGACCUAACGUCUGUUAAAGAAGAAAUUUUUGGAGACGUGAGCAGCAGCUCAUUUGAACCUAAAAAUUGGUUAGUCCGUUUUGUCAACUGGGAUAGCUUGAAGAAAGCUGUUGGAAUAAUAGAACGUACGGUCGAUUUCGAGGCAUCUUUUCCGCUUUUCGAAACGUCUUUCCUCCGUCUACAUAAAGCGUGUAAUCUUCAAUCCUUAUCUCAUGCCCCUUCUCUUUCUUCCCCUCCGGCCCCCAAAACUCUUUUAAUGGCUUCCGUUUUUUCCCUUCUCUUGUAUAUGAGAAGCAGGUUGCAGGAGAUAAACCAGAAUUACAAAAAUUAUUUGGAUCGACCCUUGAGGCAAUUCUUUACGAUUACUGUGUCUGAGCUGAGAACUCCUAACCUUUCGAAUUCGUUUGAUGAAAAAAUUCAACUACCGGAAAUUCCGCUAUCUAACUUUAUUAACGUGGCCCCGGAGGAAACAUAUGCCGAGACAGCGACGAUGAUGAAGAUCAAACCUCCGGGCCAGGUAUUGUCGGAUCAACUUGGACCCGACGGCCUCGAAGACCCUCCAAUCUUUGAUUCGCAUUGCGGAAGAGGGGGUCGGCGGAUGGGGAAAUCCGUCUUCUUGGAGGGACAUUCAAUUUGUAUGUUUUCAAUGAUUCUGAAUCAAUUAAUAUCGCAAUCUUUCCUAAAAAAAUUAGUGAAUUUCUCACAACUCAAUGCAACAGAUUAUUGGAGUAGUGAAUUUGUCCGGCCACUACGUGACUGUCCAGAUCUUUUUACGCGAGGGGCGAUACGUGUGUUUGACCCUCUACGGCAUACUGAGUAUUCCCUUCUGACCAUGCAAUACAAAUCUGGAGUAGAUAUAACGAAGCCAAUAGGCAAACAAAUACUGGAGAAAAAGGCCCCUAACCAAGUUAUUAUACCUAAACUUAGAGUAGAGGAUGAGGAAUAUUUGUUCUCAAUGAGAUUAAAGGUAGGUGUAGAGCCAGCUAAUGCUGUUAUUAUACUCUCAGGUGAUGGUACUGCAACAAUUUCCUUCCGUUCCUACGAUAGGGAAAAGUUUGAUUUGCCCAAAGAUGCUGGAAAAGUUCUUGAUGUUACAGUAUUCCCUUCCCUUGAGAAAAGUAUAUUCGGAACUUGGGUUGUGCUCACUGAGAAAGCUGGAGUUUGGGUUGAACCACCCGAACGAAGCUUGUCACGAAAAUGGAGUUCUAAUAAUGGAUCUCUACAGGAGGAAAGGAGCAUUUCUGUUGCUGGAAACAUUGCUGCAAAAAGAUCCAGUUCAGAAGCUUGGGAAGCAGGUGAUAGGCAACGAGCGGGUUUAACCGAAGGUGCACAUUGUAGCCCUCAAGACGAGGAAUCGGAAUAUUUACUAAGCCAGUUUUUCCAUGAAUUUCUCUUGUCUGGACAGGUUGAUGGUGUCCUUGAUAAAUUGAAAAAUUCAAGGGCUUUUGAAAGAGAGGGAGAGAUAAAUGUAUUUGCCAGGAUGAGCAAAUCAAUUGUUGUGUCCACUCAACUAGUUGAUAAGCAACAAAAGCAUAAGAGGUUUCUUCAGUUCCUUUCUUUGUCCAAAUGCCAUGAGGAAUUGUGCCACCGACAGAGACAAUCUAUGCAAAUUAUCAUGGAACAUGGGGAGAAGCUUGCCAGCAUGAUUCAACUGAGAGAACUUCUAAAUGCAAUUAGUCAUGCUACCGAGUAUGGGAUUGGCUCCUACUAUGACUCAGAUGCUCGGACUUCUGGAGCUCUAUGGGAUCUUAUCCAGUUAGUUGGUGAGAGGGCCCGCCGGAACACAGUUCUUUUGAUGGAUAGGGAUAAUGCUGAAGUAUUCUAUAGUAAGGUCUCAGAGCUCGAGGAACUGUUUCAUUGCUUAGAGGGAAAGCUAGACCAUAUUAUCACCCAAAAUAUGCCUAUUAUUCUGCAAUCUCAAAGAGCUUGUGAACUUGCAAAUGCAUGUGUUACAAUCUUCCGUGCAGCCGUUGACUAUAGGGCUGAUCACCACUUGUGGUACCCUCCACCCGAGGGAUUGACACCGUGGUAUUCAAAUUUUGUUGUGUGCAGUGGGCUGUGGAAUCUUGCAUCAGUCAUGCUUCAAUUGCUUAGUGGAACAGAACGGCUUAAAGUUUCCGUCGUACUUGAUUUUUACUCGAAUCUUGUAGUACUCUCAGAGAUACUACUCGAAUCAUAUUCUAAUGCUAUCACAGCAAAAGUUGAUCGGAAAGAAGAUCAUCGAAGUCUGUUAGAGGAGUACUCAAAAUGUAGAGAUACCCUUCUCGACUCCCUUUAUAAGCAAGUGAAAGAUUUCAUACAUGCGAAGUUACAGGAUUCACCUGAGGAAAAUGAGGAAUUGAAUAAGGAUACUCUGAUGACAUUUUCUUCAAAGUUAUUGUCAAUUGCAAAACGCCAUGAGGGCUAUCAGACUAUGUGGAACAUAUGCUGUGAUCUCAACGAUUUCGAACUCCUCCAUGAGUCUCAUCAUGAAAACAUCGGACCAAAAGGAGGUUUCAGUUGCUUUGUAUUCAUACAAUUCUCAGAACUAAUGCGGCAGGGUGAAAAGUUUCUUGACGAGCUUGCUACAAUUCUGAGGCAGCAUCCCGAUCUUCUUUGGCUUCACGAGUUGUUUCUUCGUCAAUUUUCCUCACCUUCUGAAACUUUACAUGCAUUAUCUAAUUUAUCUCUUCCUAAGGAUAAAAGAUCAGUUUCAGAUACUGAUGAGACUGAACCUAAUGGCCCACAACCUAAAUUAACUUUGGCUUGGAGAAAGCAUUUUUUAAAUCUCGCAAAACUAUCAGCUAUGGCAGGAAGAGAAGUUGGUGACGAGCUAAAGGUGAAGCGUAUUGAAGCUGAUCUGAAUUUUCUACAAGUACAGGAAGAAAUAAUGAGGUUUCUGCAUGAUGAUGAUAUGGACAUGCGAUUUAUGGCGCAGCAGCUUCUUGAUCCGAAGGAUCUCAUCAGAACGUGUCUUAGAAUCAAGAAGCGGGAGCUUUCUUUGCGACCCUUCGAUAUAUUCUUGUGGAUGAAUGCGUCCUUUCUCAGAACCUACGCAAUGUAUUUUGAGGAGUGCUGGAAAAAUGCUGCAAGUCAAGAUGAUUGGGAGAGACUGUACAGCUUGUCCAUGACUGAGGGCUGGAGUGACGAAAGAACCUUUAAGGCUCUCGAGAAAACUGUACUUUUCCAUGCUGCCAGAAAAUGUUAUGGCCCCCGCUCAAAAAAUUUUAAUGUGAAAUUCGACGAGGUGCUCCCGUUGAGGAAGGGAAGGAAUAUAGGCCCGUCUGUGGAACAAGUCAUCAUAGAAGAAGUCAUCAUGGAGCACAAGGAUUAUCCACAUGUGGGCAAGCUGAUGCUGACCGCUAUCCUGCUCGGGAGUGUUUGA